AUACAUCUUCUCUUGAUUUCUUAUUUCUGUUGAAUAUAUUGUUGCUUAAUUCAUUUCUGGUAGGAUUCGUGUGGAUCUCGCAGCCAGUAUAUUACAUACCAUGUCUACUGUAUUAUUUUAAAUUUCAGUUUGCAAAUCAUCAUACAACGUACGGGUGUUUACAGCUCACAGAAGUUCACUGAUCCAUGUGUGUUUGGAGACGUGAAUUAAGCAACAAUAUAUUCAACAGAAAUAAGAAAUCAACAGAAACAAGUUUCCUUUCAACAUUUUACUCGUGUGUUUGUGCAUUCAUCUGAUGUACAAUAUAGACCUUCAGUACAUAGCUGGCAUAUGUUGGGGACCUACUAUGACGCCUCGACUUUACUCAUCCAUGCUCAAAGCUUUAUUUUCUAUGCUGCUUCUUGCUUGAAUUCAGUUUACAAUUUUGCAUUUUUAGUUUAGUUGAGAAGGAAACUUGAAUGCUAAUUUUCUUCGACUGGUUUAGCUAACAUCUUCAAGCCUGAAUAUAGUUUAAAUUUGUACCUUUGUUUCUCUUCUUUUCUUCUUUUUUCUCCCCACAUCAUGUAGGAAGUUUAGAGACGUGUUUUAUCGGCAUUUAUAUUACUCCUUCCGUCUAGGUGAGUAAGUCAUCUUAGGUUGUGCAUCAUGACCAAGGAGGAGGGGAAAACGAGAGAACUUAAUGUUCAUUUGCUAAUUAAUAGCAUUGCAUGCAAUGAACUAACCACUGCAUGUCGUGUUUGGUAGUCUCAAGUCAUUAAAAGCAUGCACACCCCACAUCUCUUAUUGGUUGAUAUGUCAAGAAACAAGAAACGAGGUAGAAUUUAAUGCACCGCGCCUAAGUGUUUUCGGAUUAUUUGGUUUUCGUAAGAUGACUUACACACCUAGACGGAGGGAGUAACAACUUUGUUUUUUUGUCUCUUUUGUGAUAGUUUAAGGUUAGAACAGUGUAUUUAUAAUAUGUGCCUGGAUUUAGUUGAUACACCUACUGUAUUUAAGGCGUGUUAUUUUUUCUUGAAUAAAUUGACAGAUACUUGCUUCUAUUAAUUAAAGAUCCUGCAUUACAAGGUACUGCGUUGUGCUUGAAUGCAAUUGUCUUAUUUAGACAGCAACCGAGCUCAGUCAACAAUUAGUUAAAGUACUCCCUCCGGUCCUUUUUAGUUCGCAUAUAAGAUUUGACUGAAGUCAAGCCUCAUAAAGUUUGACCAAUUUUAUAGAAAAAAGUAUCAAUAUUCAUAAUCUGAAAUCAAUAUCAAUAGAUGUGUCAUGACUUAAAAUUUCAUAUUGUAUAACUUUAGCAUGGCAGAUGUUGAUAUUUUUUCAUAUAAAUGCGGUCAAACUUUGUGAAGUUUGACUUCAGAGAAUUCUAAUAUGCAGAGUAAAAAGGACCGGAGGGAGUAGUUAUGAGAUGUGGCAGAGAGCAGAGAGGGCCAGCCGUAGAUGCAUGAAAGUGGAUGCUUAUUCCUUUCAAGUAUCAAAUCGAUAGUAGUUGCUGAUCCUAUUCAUAGUGAUUACAAGCAUAGUUGACCUAUCGUCUCUGUAGUGUGGUUGUUAUAUGCACACUUUUCAUUUGUGUUUUCGCCUCCUAAGCCAUUUAUUCUGUCUAGCGCAGGUUGCUUCCUGUCCUCUCAUCCUACUUUUCUAUCUGUUACAUAGCAUUAGGAAAAGCCAUAGGUAACCAGAAUAACAACUGAGGCAUUUCCUUGCAGAAAAUUUAUGAUGUUAUUUGCAUCAGUGUUUGAUAAAUAAUGUGCAAUCUCCUGAUUGAUAAAUUUACUAAAAAAUCUAUAAUGUUAUUUGUAGUGGUGAUGAUAGCGAGUCUUCCGGAUCGCUUCCUUAGCCUAACAACGCAGCGUACAAACCAGCUGUUAUCAACAUCGGUAAUGAUACUGGCCCUUCGCCCGUUGCAUGAAAGCCAAGAAAAACAAGAAAAAGGAGCACACAUCGCAUGGUACAAAACCAUCUAUCAUUACCAUUGUCAUGCCAUUAUACCUAAUUUUAUUUGCCUUCCUGUACAUACUAAUCUUUCAAACCCUCUUCAUGAUUAUCAUCAUACAUCAACUACAACUAAAUCCAUAAAACCGACGAAGGCUGAACACAAGACCUACAUAACCCGGGCACCCGACACUAUCUACUUUCUAAGCUUUGAUGGUCAUUGUACAUGGGGAAACAAAGUGAGGCUAUACAGGAAGCAGCUUACAAAUUUGAGGUGUCUCAUCGCUACAAGGAUGACCUUUGCCACUCGAGGAAUGUAUUUCUCGGUCAGGUUUACCAAGAAAUAUCUCCGCCGCUGUAUUGACCCAAAGCUUUAUGGCUUGCCAAUAAAAUCUGGAGAUGGUAAUACCUGCAUCAAAGCCCGUCUAACCAAAGGAGUCGAUAACAGGGCAACAAUUACG